AUGCAAGCUUGUCGUGUCAGAGGUGUCACCGGGACCUACCAGUUUGCACCCCCGGAAGUGCAACGUUGGUACGAAUGGGAGAAGAUCUUGCCCGUAAACAUAUUUGACUUUACAAUGUUCGGAUCAGAGCGAUAUUGGAAAGAGCGUGCAGCUGAAGAGGAGGAGGAGGAAUCGCCACAAGCAGAUGCUGAGGAAGGAGUUGAGCCUGAAGGCUACGAUCCUCAACGUGCAGAUUCUUGGGCGGUGGGCAACGUCAUUCGCACUCUUCUUCACGAGGAAAGUUACGCGGAUGAUUGGGACGAACUCCACGAUUUUAGUUUGUGGAUGAAGAAGGAACGGCCUAAUAUGGACGAGGCUCUCAAAUGGCUCGAUUUUAGUUUGUGGUUGAAGAGGGAACGGCCUAAUAUGGACGAGGCUCUCAAAUGGCUCGAUUCUGAUUUUGGUCGUGAUGUGCCACCUAUCGAAGAAGAGGAAAACGAGAUAUUUCGUUCGGAGGAAGUCACUUUUUUCGAAUCAAUUCGGAUAUAA